AUGCCUGAGCUCAGGCGCGGUACCAAGAGCAAUAGGAGCACUACCAUAAACGACAAAGAGUCUCGUAGUUGUUUUACCGGCCCGACGGCGACGACAUCAACGACGACGACGACGACUACGACGGCUACGACGACGACGGCAGCAACGAGCGAAGUUGCGGCGGGCGCUGGCCUGCAGCCUUAUGCAGCCGCGGCCGGCGGUGAGGUCGUCGCGGUCGACGAGGUGAAGAUGGAAGCCGAGGAGCACCUCGCUCGUGAAUACGUUCAGGAGUUUGUGCUGGAUCAUCUGGAUCCGGGGGACGUGAAACGCGAAGCGGCGGCAGCGGCGGCGGCCGCGGCCUCCGCCGCGGCUCUCGCCGCUGACAAACUCCGGACACCGUCUAAGCCGCUUCUCGGCCACGAGCCCGCGCAGCUCCGCAGCCUGGGCUCUCCCCCUGGUACCGGUCCCGGGGCCCUGGGCCCGCUCACACCACCGGCUCACGAGCUCGAGCAGCCCCCUUACGGCCAGCCCCAGCUACAGCACGUCGUCCAAGCAGGAGUAUUAUUGAAACUACCCUAUGGGCCAGGGCUCACUGGCCUCUCGCAUCCGGGUACGCCGCCCGAUACGCCACCAGUCUCGGCCUCACCCCCGGCGCUCCACCACCUCCAGCGACUCGACAGACUCGAACGCGCCCAGUACCAACCGCAUCUCCAACAACAGCAGCAGUCUCAACAUCCUCACCAGCAUCAGCAACACCAGCAACAACAACAGCAACAUCUGCGACAGGAACCCCUGGAUCUUAGACCCCACUGUCCACCCGAGCCCGGACCCGAAGCCGACAUGGAUGCCGAGCAUUGGCCAGGUCAUCACCUACCGGACCUCGUCCAGCACCAUCAUCACUCGAUCCAUCAUCAGGGAGGACACCCGGCACGGCUGUCCAGACACACCGGUCAGUUUAAAGCCCCGAAUUCCGGAGGCUACAUAAUGGGCGGCCACAUCGAGUAUUACACGAGCGGCGGCGCCGGUGGCGGAGGCGGCAGUGGCGGUGGCGGCGCCGGUGGAGGCGGUGGUGGCAUUAACGGCGCUGGCGGUAUGAUGCCCGUACAGCUGGACGAUGGAAUGCAAAUGCAAAUUCAACAGCAGCAGCAACAACAACAACAACAACAGCCUGGGAGGCCGCUGAGCGUAUGCUCCGGGAGCUCGUGCGGCCCCGGGCCGGGAUCAAGCCAGGGACCAGGUGGACCCAGUCCCGUGCACACCAUUCGAAUACACCGCUCGGCCUCCAUAACGCACUGCUCGGGUCCGGCGGGAAGCCACGAGCAUUGCUCGGAGCCGCCGGGCAGCCACGACGACCUCAUGAACGACGAGCUCCUCAUGUCCCUCUCGGUCCGCGAGCUCAACAAGCGGCUGCAGGGAUGCCCUAGAGAAGAGUUUUUAUUUUACGCCAACGAAUGUGAAACGAAUCAUUAG